UCCUUGUUUUUUUUUUCCUCUCCUUAGGAUUCACCCCACUUCAUCUCCACGACCUUUCCGCGCUUCCCAAUUGAUGAAAAAACCGGGAUAAUCCCCCCAAAACCCCAAAAUUCCUGGGAUUUCCUCACCCACCCGACAAACCAAACCCAAGGAGAUGCUUCCCAAGCUCUGCCCGUCUCCAAAUCCCGGGAAAACCUUACGGAUAAAAGGAUAAAACCCCUCGGGGGGUGAUGCCUCAUCUCCCGGCCCUCAUUCCCGAGGUUUUCCCGAGGAAUUCCGCAGCAUGGCGGAGCACCAGGAGCUGCUGGCCGAGAUGCCGGCGGUUUCCCGGCUCAGCACUCCGGAAAGGCUCCGGCACGCCCAAAAACGCCGAGCCCAGCAGCUGAAAAAAUGGGCCCAGGCCGAGAAGGAAAUCCCGGGAAUGCCGAAAGCGGCGGCGGAGAGGAAGAGGAGGAGGAGGAAGAGCGGCGGCCACGGCAAGAGGGUGACGUUCCCGGCCAACGUGCGGCUCCUGGAAGCGGCCGGCCGGCACGACGUCGAGGAAGUGCGGCAGUUCCUGGAGAGCGGGAUCAGCCCCGACCUGUGCAACGAGGACGGGCUGACGGCGCUGCACCAGAGCUGCAUCGACGACUCGCUCCCGCUGGCGCGGCUGCUGCUGGAGGCGGGCGCGGCGGUGGACGCGCGGGACGCGGAGCUCUGGACGCCGCUGCACGCCGCCGCCACCUGCGGCCACCUGCGCCUCGUGCAGCUGCUGCUCCAGCGCGGCGCCGACCUGCUGGCGGUGAACUCGGACGGGAACAUGCCCUACGACCUGUGCGAGGACGAGGCCACCCUGGACUGCCUGGAGAGCGCCAUGGCGCAGCAAGGGAUCACCCAGGAGCGCAUCGAGGAGGCGCGGGUGGCCACAGAGCGCGCCAUGCUGCGCGAGAUCCGGCAGCUGAUCCGCCACGGAGCGCCGCUGGACGUGCCGCGGGGACACGGGGCCACCCUGCUGCACGUGGCCGCUGCCAACGGGUACCGCGCGGCGGCCGAGCUGCUGCUGGAGCACCGCGCCCGCCCCGACGCCCGCGACGCCGACGGCUGGCAGCCCCUGCACGCCGCCGCCUGCUGGGGACAGGUGCAGCUGGCCGAGCUGCUGGUGGCUCACGGCGCCGACCUCGGCGCCAAGUCGCUGCUGGACGAGACUCCCCUGGAUGUGUGCGGGGACGAGGAGGUGAGGGCCAAGCUGCUGGAGCUGAAGCACAAGCGGGCGGCCGUGCUGAAAUCCCAGGAGAAGCACAAAUCCCUGCUCCAGAGGAGAACGUCCAGCGCCGGCAGCCGCGGGUACAUGGGGGACACUGGAGACAUUGGGGACAUUGGGGUGAUUGGGGACAUCGGGGGUGAAGGACAUCGGGGACACCUCAGGGACAGUGAGGACGAGGACAGGGCCACCCUCAGGGUGCGGCCACCGAGGGCACGGCCACCGCUGCCACCGGCCGGCCACCGUGGGGCUGGGGACCCGUCCCCCGCCGUCCCCUCGGAGCCGUCCCCGCCGUCCCCUCACCCCAACGGCUCGGCGCUGUCCCCGAGGGUGUCCCCGCUGUCCCCUCGCUGUCCCCCCGCCCCCUCGGGUGACAAAAGCCACCCGCACACCUUGGCCGACCUCAAACGUCACCGCGCGGCCGCCAAAACCCCAAAGAACCACCCCAAAAACCACCCCAAAAACCCCGACGGCGCCCUCGGGGACACCGGGGACACCCUCGGGGACACCCUUGGGGACCUUGGUGACAUCGGGGACACCCUUGGGGACAUUGGUGACACCGGGGACACCCUUGGGGACAUGGUGGAGCCGCCGCUGCUGCGGCUGACGGCGCCGGCCCAGGAGGGCCCCGCGGAGAAGCAGCGCUGCUGUCGGGUCAUGUGACCAAAUUUUGGGGGGGGUUUUUAAAUUUUUUUGGGGUCGCCCCAAAUCUUUGGGGUUGUCACCCCCCCUCCCCCAAAUCCCGUUGUCACUUUGUGUCCCCAAAAAUGGAAAAUUUUUUUGUCCCCGCCCCCAAAAAAAAAAGGGGGCGAAGGUUG